UGAGCCAUGUCGCAUUAUUGCUCGGGACCAGUAGAUGGCAACCACCCAUUGCAGUGUCAAAGAUUCUGUCCUUACAACAACUUCUAUCUCUUCACAUUUCCAUAAUGAGGGAGAGGAAGGCAACAGAUCCACUCCAUUCAUCCACAGAUCUGAGUGAAGGGAAGGAGAAGUUAAGACUGAAACAAGAGGUCGGCCUGAUUAGCAGUGUGUCAUUAAUUGCAGGUACCAUGAUAGGCUCGGGGAUCUUUAUGUCCCCUGAGUGGGUACUACAUCACAUGGGGAACCCUGCCAGCAGCCUGCUGAUCUGGGCAGCUUGUGGUCUCCUGGCCAUGUUUGGAGCCUUGUCAUAUGCUGAGCUUGGAACAAUAAUUAAAGAGUCUGGAGGAGAAUAUAUUUACAUUUUGAGGAUUUUUGGUUCCUUUCCUGCUUUCAUUUUUGCCUACACUUCUGUCAUCCUGGUGAGACCAGCUGGUUUGGCUGCUGUCUGUCUGAGCUUUGCUGAGUACGCCAUUGCGCCGUUCUAUCCAGGAUGCUCAUCUCCACAGGUUGCCGUCAAAUGUACAGCUGCUGCCUGCAUCCUGAUUUUAGCUAUCAUCAACAGUCUCAAUGUGAGGCUGGCAACAUCUGUUAUGAACAUUUUCACAGCUGCCAAACUCUUGGCUUUGUUGGUGAUCGUGGUAGGUGGGUUGGUGCUGCUUGCCAAGGGACAAACUCAGAGUUUUCAGAAUGGUUUUCAAGGCACGACUGCAGGUAUUGGAGCAGUUGGAGUGGCGUUUUACCAGGGACUCUGGUCCUAUGAUGGAUGGAACAACCUAAAUUAUGUAACUGAGGAACUGAGGAAGCCUGAGGUGACCCUUCCCAGAGCUCUGAUGAUUGCCAUUCCUUUGGUUACAUGCCUGUAUUUGCUGGUAAAUGUGAGCUACUUGGCAGCCAUGACUCCCUCUGAGCUGCUGUCUUCAGGAGCUGUGGCCGUCACCUGGGGGGACAAAGUCCUGGGCAGCUGGGCAUGGCUCAUCUCCCUGUCGGUGGCCCUGUCUACGUUUGGUUCAUCGAACGGCACUUUCUUCAGCGGAGGCCGCGUGUGCUACAUUGCUGCCAGGGAGGGCCAUUUGCCAGACAUUCUGUCCAUGGCUCAUGUGCGACGCCUCACGCCCUCCCCUGCUCUCCUGUUUACGUCUGCGAUGUCUUUAAUAAUGAUAAUAUCAGGGAGCUUCACCAGCAUCGUGAACUUUUUCAGUUUUGUGGCAUGGCUUUUCUAUGGAAUGACUAUUUCUGGGCUCCUGUAUUUAAAAAUCAAGAAACCAGAACUGGCAAGAUCUUACAAGGUCCCAAUUAUCAUCCCUAUAAUUGUGCUGAUGGCAGCUGUGUACCUGGUGUUAGCUCCCAUCAUUGAUCAACCCCAAACAGAGAUCCUCUACAUCGUCCUGUUCAUUUUCAGUGGCAUCAUUUUUUAUUUCCCACUGGUUCGCUUUAAGUACCACCCUCGCUUCUUACAGAGAGUCACUUUACACCUCCAGUUGUUGCUGGAAGUUGCUCCAACUACCAGGGAUGCAAACUGA